AUGGAUUGGUGUAACAAACAAACACAGGCGGGACUGGUGCUAGGUCCUUCGGGAUUGUCCCGGAUCAAAUUCAUAAGAGAGUACGUGUUUCAGGAUCAAGCAGGGCAAUUAUAUGUAACCGUGGCAACCUUCAGCCGCAUACUGUUUAUGUUCCUGAUCGGGCUGGAGAUGGACCUUCCCUACCUAGUGCGUACCCUUCGAGUGGCAACGCUAGUUGCAUAUGGUGGUGCCGCAACGUGUUGCUUCUCGGGAGCCAUCGUGUCGCCGUUUCUAUACAAUCAGACUCACGCCCACGGGAGUGGAUUCAAAUUUGCCAUCAUUCUGAUGAUGCUGUUGGCCAACACCGCCUCCCCUGUAGUUGUGAGGGUGGUAGCGGAACUGAAGCUUGCAACGUCGGAAGUGGGAAGGCUUGCCAUUUCGGCAUCCAUAAUAAACGACAUUACUUGCUUGCUAGGGAUUGCUUUCAUUAGCGCUUUCACUAACUAUUCCAAGCCCCUGGCGCACCCUAAAGGCCAUACCAGCACCAGCAGCAAUAAUGACGAACCCGUUGAAACAGAUGGUGAAGGAUUCGGUGAAAGGUUUUUUGCUGGCAUCGUCUGCCUUAUUAUCCUUGGUGGGACCACCGCUUUAAACCGGAUUCUGUCAAGGUGGUUGAGCCGGAGAAAUCAUCACCGGAAGUACAUAACCAACUUGGAAGUGGCAUUCCUUCUGAUGCUCACCUUCGCCGUCUCCAUCUUGAUAGAAUUGUUUGGCUAUAACAGCAUGAUCGCUUCUUUCUUACUCGGCCUAUUUUUCCCUAGGGAUGGCAAAACCACCAGGACUUUGUUGCAGAAACUUACUUACCCUGUGCAUCACUUCAUUCUCCCAUUUUAUUUUGGAUACACAGGGUUUCAAGCCGACCUUUCACACAUCGUCGACCUCCGCAGUGUCCUCCUCAUCAUCACCAUUGUUUGCUUGAGCGUAGGCGGCAAGGUCAGUGGCACCCUUUUCACCUGCCGAUACUUAAAAAUUCCACCCAACGAAGGCCUCGUCCUCGCCUUCUUGCUCAACGUCAAAGGCCAUGUUGAUCUUUUAAUCAUAAGUUUGGCCUCCCAAAACCACAAUUCAUCCCCAAAAUCACCGGUUUCCCUCUACCUAAUGCACCUUGUGGAGAUCACGGGGAAGGAAAGGUCCAAUUUGUUGUAUCACCAAAAAGAAGACGAUGAUUUUAGUGACGACGAGUACUUCGGUGGAAACGAUGGGAUAGAGAUCAAUAACAUCGUUGAUGCAUUCAUGGCUCAGUCUCACGUUCAGGUGCACCAGAUCACAACGGCCUCCAAAUUAUCAUCCAUGCACGAGGAUGUAUGCAAUGGCGCCGAGGAUGUAGGUUCGGCCAUCAUAUUACUCCCUUUCCACAAGUACCUACGCAUCGAUGGCAAGAUGGAGAGUGCAAAGGAAGAGAUCAGGACCAUUAACCAGAAGGUACUUCGUCACGCACCCUGCUCAGUUGCCAUCCUCGUCGACAGGGGUCUUGGUGGGUCGACCACCACCACACAAUUAGACCACAAUUCAUAUGGGACCAGGCAGCAGCAGCAGCAACAACAACAACAGCAGCAGCUAAUUGCUACCUUGUUCUUUGGUGGGGCUGAUGAUCGGGAGGCCUUGGCCUACAGUAGCCGAUUUGCCAUGCAUCCUGAUGUGAGCUUGACGGUCGUUAGGUUCUUGCCGCCAUCGGGCAAUAAUGAGUAUAAUCAAAGUCAAGGGAUUGAGAUGGCAGUGAGCAAGGAUGAAGAUGAAGUUCUGAUGAAGAUCGAAACUUCUCCCUCUGAAAACGACACAGACCAAGCUUUUUUAUCUUCGUUCCACGACAGGUACGUGGGAACAGGGGCAGUAGGCUAUGUGGAGAAGUACGUGGAAAACGGGGCAGAAACAGUGAAAGCACUAGGAGACAUGAAGGACAUGUUCUCAUUGUUCAUAGUAGGGAAGGGUGGAACAGGACAUUCCCCUCUUACCACGGGAAUGAGCGACUGGGAAGAGUGCCCUGAGCUAGGGGCCGUUGGGGAUCUCUUGGCCUCCCCAGAUUUUGGCAUUAGCGGCUCAGUUAUCGUCAUCCAACAGCAUAGACGGCCUAAGAUGGACCCUAACGACGGCUAG